CCGCCCGCCCGCCUCCCGCCCGCCACUCCGGCGGCUCCGCCGAGCAGCGCCGCGGCUCCGGCUGCCGGGGCCGCCCGGCCACGCCGAUGCGGGGGAUAUUUGCGGGGAGGCAGCGGCACCGCGGCAGCGGGGAGGGCAGGUGAACUCCCGGGGAAAGAAAGGAUGACCGGCGUCGCCGCGAUCGUCUUUCUCCUGCAGCUCUUGCUCAAGGUGGAGGGACAGGUCUUCGCAGGUGGUUGUUCAUUUGAUGAGCACUACAGUAAUUGUGGUUAUAGUGUGGCCUUGGGAACCAAUGGAUUUACCUGGGAGCAGAUCAAUACCUGGGAAAAGCCAACAAUGGAUCCUGCUGUCCCAACUGGCUCCUUCAUGAUGGUGAACAGCUCUGGGCGGGCCUCUGGGCAGAAAGCUCACUUGCUGUUGCCUACGCUGAAGGAAAAUGACACGCAUUGCAUCGACUUCCACUAUUACUUAUCCAGCAGGGACCGUUCGAGCCCUGGCUCUCUGAAUGUCUACGUGAAGGUGAAUGGAGGACCACAGGGCAAUCCCAUAUGGAACGUCUCGGGGGUUGUUACAGAAGGAUGGGUGAAAGCGGAACUUGCCAUCAGUACGUUUUGGCCACAUUUUUAUCAGGUGAUAUUUGAAUCUGUCUCUUUGAAAGGACAUCCAGGGUACAUAGCUGUGGAUGAAGUCAGAGUUCUCGCCCAUCCAUGCAGAAAAGCACCUCAUUUCCUACGACUUCAGAAUGUGGAGGUUAAUGUGGGACAGAACGCGACAUUCCAGUGCAUUGCUGGGGGGAAGUGGUCACAGCAUGACAAACUCUGGCUCCAGCAGUGGAAUGGAAGGGACACAGCAUUAAUGGUCACUCGAGUGGUCAACCAUAGACGCUUUUCUGCUACUGUCAGCGUAGCUGACACCUCUCAGCGCAGUAUCAGCAAGUACCGGUGCGUCAUUCGUUCAGAUGGUGGCUCUGGAGUUUCGAAUUAUGCAGAAUUAAUAGUGAAAGAACCCCCAACUCCUAUCGCCCCUCCUGAGCUGCUGGCUGUCGGAGCCACGUACCUGUGGAUCAAACCCAAUGCCAACUCCAUCAUUGGAGACGGGCCCAUCAUAUUGAAAGAGGUGGAGUAUCGGACGACCACUGGGAAUUGGGCGGAAACGCACAUUGUAGACUCUCCUAAUUACAAACUGUGGCAUUUGGAUCCUGAUGUGGAGUACGAGAUCAGAGUGCUGCUCACUCGCCCUGGCGAAGGAGGCACAGGGCCGCCUGGACCACCGCUCACAACCAGAACGAAAUGUGCAGAUCCUGUCCAUGGACCGCAAAACGUAGAAGUUGUUGAUAUUCGCUCCCGCCAGCUGACGUUGCAGUGGGAGCCCUUUGGUUAUGCAGUGACCCGCUGCCACAGCUACAAUCUCACAGUCCGGUACCAGUAUGUGUUUAACCAGCAAAAAUUUGAGGCAGAGGAACUCAUCCAAACUUCUUCCCACUACACCUUGCGAGGUCUUCGGCCCUUCAUGACCAUCAGGCUGAGGUUAGCCCUCUCUAACCCAGAGGGCAAAAUGGAAAGUGAGGAGUUGGUUGUGCAGACUGAGGAAGAUGUUCCUGGACCCGUUCCCUUGGAAUCCAUCCAGGGAGGACCUUUUGAAGAGAAGAUCUAUGUUCAGUGGAAGCCUCCAAAUGAGACAAAUGGAAUCAUUACACUCUAUGAGAUUACAUACAAGGCCGUUGGGUCUCUGGAUCCCAGUGCUGACCUGUCCAGCCAAAGAGGGAAAGUCUUCAAACUAAGGAAUGAAACACAUCACCUCUUUGUAGGAUUAUACCCAGGGACUACGUAUUCAUUCACCAUCAAAGCCAGCACAGUCAAGGGCUUUGGGCCACCCAUCACAACACGGAUUGCAACUAAGAUUUCAGCACCGUCGAUGCCAGAAUAUGACACAGACUCCCCCCUGAAUGAGACUGACACCACCAUCACUGUGAUGCUGAAGCCCGCUCAGUCCCGGGGAGCACCUGUCAGUGUCUAUCAACUUGUUGUCAAGGAGGAGAAGCUGCAGAAAGCACGGAGAGCUGCAGACAUCAUUGAAUGCUUCUCUGUCCCAGUGAGCUACAAGAACGCUUCCAAUCUUGACUCACCACACUACUUUGCAGCCGAGCUGAAACCCAUCAACCUGCCCGUCACACAGCCGUUCACAGUGGGCGACAACAAAACCUACAACGGCUACUGGAAUGCUCCACUUUCUCCCCUGAAAAGCUACAGCAUAUACUUCCAGGCUCUUAGCAAGGCAAACGGAGAAACAAAAAUCAACUGCGUCCGGCUGGCAACAAAAGGAGCUUCCACCCAGAAUUCCAAUGCAGUGGAACCAGAAAAGCAAGUUGACAGCACAGUGAAAAUGGCCGGAGUUAUAGCUGGCCUUCUGAUGUUUGUUAUUAUCCUCUUGGGAGCAAUGCUUACCAUCAAGAGAAGAAGAAACGCAUAUUCCUACUCCUAUUACUUGCAUUCAAGCCAAUGUUUUAGGGGCCUCUCUGUCUUCUACAGGACCAGGAAGCUAGCCAAGAAGCAGAAGGAGACUCAGACCAGCACGCAGAGGGAGAUGGGUCCCGUGGCUGCUUCUGACAAGACCUCUACCAAACUCAGUGCUGUUCACAAUGAAGAAGCUUUUUCUUCCAGCUGCCAAGAUGUUAAUGGAUUCACAUCACCCUCUCCUUGUUCAUUUUCUGUCCAAAGCAAAACCCUUCAGAGCAAAUCUUUGUUGAAUUCCUACUACUCAGUAUCAUCAGACACUGUUCCAUCGACCACGCUGUUAGGUAAGAAGACAGACAGUAGCCAUGGAGAGAUGACCCAGCCAACCCUGACUAUCCAGACCCACCCGUACCGGAGCUGCGAGCCGGUGGAAAUGUCCUACCCCCGGGGGCAGUUCCAGCCAGCCAUCCGAGUGGCCGACCUGCUGCAGCACAUCACCCAGAUGAAGCGAGGACAGGGCUAUGGAUUUAAAGAGGAGUAUGAGGCACUACCCGAGGGGCAGACUGCAUCCUGGGAUACAGCCAAGGAAGACGAAAACCGCAAUAAGAACAGAUAUGGAAACAUAAUCUCCUAUGAUCAUUCAAGAGUGAGAUUGCAGCUGCUGGAUGGGGACCCUCACUCUGACUACAUAAACGCCAAUUACAUAGAUGGGUACCACCGGCCUCGCCAUUACAUUGCAACUCAAGGGCCAAUGCAAGAGACAGUGAAGGAUUUCUGGAGAAUGAUUUGGCAAGAAAACUCUGCAAGUGUUGUCAUGGUCACCAACUUGGUGGAAGUGGGCAGGGUGAAGUGUGUUCGAUACUGGCCAGAUGACACAGAGGUCUAUGGAGAUAUUAAAGUCACAUUAAUUGAGACAGAACCAUUGGCAGAGUACGUCAUACGCACGUUUACGGUACAAAAGAAAGGCUACCAUGAGAUCCGAGAGAUUCGGCAGUUCCACUUCACCAGCUGGCCGGACCACGGGGUUCCUUGCUAUGCCACAGGCCUCCUGGGCUUCGUUCGUCAAGUGAAGUUUCUCAAUCCCCCAGAAGCAGGACCCAUCGUUGUGCACUGCAGUGCUGGGGCCGGGAGAACAGGGUGCUUUAUUGCCAUCGACAUCAUGCUUGACAUGGCAGAGAAUGAAGGCGUGGUGGAUAUAUUUAACUGUGUGCGAGAGCUGCGAUCCCAAAGGGUCAAUCUGGUGCAGACGGAGGAGCAGUAUGUAUUUGUCCAUGAUGCCAUUUUGGAAGCAUGCCUCUGUGGCAACACGGCCAUUCCAGUUUGCGAGUUCAGAUCCAUAUAUUACAACAUCAGCAGACUAGAUCCACAGACCAAUUCCAGCCAGAUAAAAGAUGAGUUUCAGACUCUCAAUAUUGUGACACCGCGUGUUCGGCCGGAAGAUUGCAGCAUUGGUCUUCUGCCGAGGAACCAUGACAAGAACCGCUGCAUGGAUGUGUUGCCCUUGGACCGGUGCCUGCCUUUCCUCAUCUCCGUGGAUGGCGAAUCAAGUAACUACAUCAAUGCUGCACUCAUGGAUAGCCACAAGCAACCUGCUGCCUUUAUUGUAACCCAACACCCUUUGCCCAACACCAUAGCAGACUUCUGGAGGCUGGUGUUUGAUUAUAACUGCUCCUCUGUCGUGAUGCUGAAUGAGAUGGAUGCAGCACAGCUGUGCAUGCAGUACUGGCCGGAGAAGACAUCCUGUUGUUAUGGCCCAAUUCAAGUGGAGUUUGUUUCAGCAGACAUUGAUGAAGAUAUCAUCAACCGGAUAUUCCGGAUCUGCAACAUGGCCAGGCCCCAGGAUGGGUAUCGCAUAGUUCAGCACCUACAGUACAUUGGCUGGCCAGCGUACAGGGACACCCCUCCUUCCAAACGCUCCCUUCUGAAGGUGGUCAGAAGAUUGGAGAAGUGGCAGGAACAGUACGAUGGAAGAGAUGGACGCACUGUUGUCCACUGCCUGAACGGUGGGGGACGCAGCGGCACCUUCUGCGCCAUCUGCAGCGUGUGUGAAAUGAUUCAACAGCAAAAUAUCAUUGAUGUGUUCCACAUCGUGAAAACGUUACGGAAUAACAAAUCCAACAUGGUGGAGUCACUGGAACAGUAUAAAUUUGUAUACGAGGUUGCACUGGAAUAUUUGAGUUCCUUUUAGCCCAGUGGAGGGAGGGGAGCCUCCGAAAUGCCAGACCCCAAUCUGUGGCAGACGCUUCUCCCCUCUCCCACACUGGAAGGGAGUGACAAGUGUGGGAAGGGAAACCUCUCCUUCCCGGAGCAAGAGACUGCGAUUGCACAGACCGCACUGGAAGGAGGAGAUGACGCCUGUGUUUGCUGCUGCCUGCUUUCUAUCGGAACAUCUACUGCUUCUUAAAUAACCUACUGUAAAAAUUAGCAAAAUGGGAGACAGACUGAAAGACUGGACUUUCUAAUCCCCUCUGACUUCUCUCCUCUUUCGGUUUGUACUUUUGCUCUCCUUGCUGCAGAGUGGGGAAAGAACGAAACCCUUAGGAAAUUCUCAUUUAAAUGUUUCCCUUUUAAUUUCCAAUUUUGUUCUAAAAUCCCAGUCUUUAAUUUCUGAAUUUCAGGCAGCGGUCAUCUGGGAAAAAUGAGAUAGCCAUAGGGGGUAUAUGAAAUGUUUCAUUACAGUUUGUCUACCUUACCUGUUUCCUUCUAUUCAUUUUUCCAAAUGGAAAGGCCAACACUAAAAAAACCCACUGGAAUUCUCUUUCCAUAUGUAGCCCCUUUUAGCAUGAAAAUAGACGGUGAAGAUGAGAAGCUGUCCAUGGAUUCACUGCCUCGGCUUCUACACAGAUGUUUCCUCCCAGUUUCUGCUAGACUCCAGGGCUGUGCAUGAACUGGUUACAUCUCUCUGGUCCGUGUUCCUGUCAGUGCUGGUGAAGCAAUACCAUUAACGAGUUUCCCAGCCGCUUGAACCUUAAGGUUAAGUAUUUGCAUCAAACAAAUUGCAUUUGUCUUGCAACUUUUGGUAACUUUGUUACCAUAUUUUUCAAGUAUUUUCUGGGGUGCAGUGUUUCUUUGAAAAACAGGGUAUAAAGUAGGUAUUAUUGAUCAUAUACUAUGUAUUAUUAUUUUUUAUUUAUUAUUUGUAUUGCUGUAGAACUUAGGACCCCUAGUCAAGACAGGACCCUGCUGAACUAGGCACUGUGCAAACAGAGAACAAAGAACGUUCCUGCUCAAGAGCUUAAAAUCUGAAGGUAAUCUUAAAAUUGAGUUUGGUCAAGAUUUCCUCGCUGUUUCCAAACUGUUGUACAGUCAGAUGUAGCUGAGUGAUUUAUUUGGAUUUCCAGGCCCUACAAGCUUCAAAAUGGUAACGCAUCUAAGCUGUAGGAAAGGUGAUGUACAGACACAGAAACCUAUUCUGACAAGUGUUAGACCAGCACAGCAACGUUCCUUCUUAAGCAAAACAGCUUUUGUUUUGCUCUGCAAAAAUGCCUGUGCAGCUCUCCUUCUUUGAAACAAACGCCAGAUGUGUUUUGCCACGGUUCUGGAUCUCACUCGGACUUCUAGCAGCUAAGAAAUUGCUUUUCUGAAAGAGUAUGUUUAAAUAGUUAAUCAUUAAGGUCUGGAGGGUAAUCUUGGAGAAAAAAAAUAAUUGAAUGAACAAGGCCUUACAGUAUUCAGUACUUCAAUUUAGCCAUUUCUUUAUCUUGAGGGUGUGGGGAUACGAGGUUGGUCUCUGUGUAAAUUAGAUUCUGGAAGAUGUAGGUUUCUUCAAAUACAGACUUGCUAAAAGAUAGACUGAAAGUAAGAGUUUAAGGAAACUCCACAUUCCUACCACCCUGUAGUUGUCGACCCUCAGGUAAAUAGACUGUACUGAGAGCUCUGUCAUGUCGAUGCCUGGCACAGAGCAUGCCAGGAGGUCAGAAAAUUUUGCCACUUCUGUAUGUGAACUCAAAAGGACCUCUGCUUCAUGGUCAUUCUUUUUUCAAUAGUCAUACCUUUGCCUUGACAAUGCAGGAUGAAAACUAAAUCUGAUAAAAGCAACUCUGGACUCAAACAUAUCAGUAUGUAACCAAAUAGUUAUCAGCUCUACCAGGACCUGCGAGAAUCUAAGGAAGGUUGCUUGGAACAGCAAUAAUCCUCUUCCUGCUAGGCAGAGGAGGGGCUUGCAUAGGAUGCUGAACCCCCUAGCUCAUAUUCUUUCCAAGGAGCUUUGGAUUCUUGGCUUGUUCCAAGUGAAUAUGAUGAAGGAUUUGAAUGAGCUGGAACUGCAGUGUCCUUGAUGUAGCCAGUGUGCCACAAAGUAUUGGUGGGAACCCCCUCACAGGUGCCUCUGCUCUGUUUCUAGUUGGUCCUUUCUGUUGUCUGCAAGGAAUCACAAAACCAGCUUUCGUUCCUAUUGGGGCUGUAGGUGAACGUCUGGCGUCUCAUGAAACAAACUACUGGUUUUAAUUUUUUUUCCUUUUGCCAUUAAGCAGCACAAACAAUUCUGCAGAAAAAAAAACAGAAGGCAAAGCAAAACUACUGAGAGAAAAAGGAGAAGGAAGGCAUAAUAUUAGUGUUUAGAUUACAGGUGGCUUGCUGUAACAGUGUAGGUCAGGAGCUGGAGCCAUUAGCAAAGAAGAAGGAAGAGUGAAUCUUGAUCCCAGAAUGGGAUUUUUCAGCAGCUGCCCAGGUAGGAGGAAACUACAAGUCAGCAAAGUGUUCAUGAGUUCGCUAUCAGCAGAAAGCCAGAGGGAAUCACUCCCUGUGGAUACUUUGGUAAUAUUAAUUAGCAUUCAGUAUUCUGUUAAUUUUACAUGGAAAAUAGUAUAGCGAUAGGUCCUCAUCGUGAGUUACUGAAGGACUAGUGCAAGCACUGAGGGAGUGAGCCAGGAUAAAAGGAAGAGAGAGGCAGAAGAAAUGGCGAUAUGACUGAGAUGUGAAGUAUAGGAGGAAGUUCAAGGCUUAACAGUAGCAUGAAGGAAAGUGGAUUAAAAAAACCAGAAGUAAGCCCAUAGGAGGGAUGUGUGCAUGGAGAGAAGCACGUGUUGGGUAAGCAGGGCGGAGCAGCACUUGCAGUGGAGUCCUUUAAGGUCUUGGGGUAGGUUUAAAUGUGUUUUCAUAGUAUGAAGAAUGCUACUAGAGGGUCAGGUGUGUGUAUCAGUGUACCCAGAGCAACCUGCCAUGUGCUUUUAGCCUUCUGCAAAUGCAAAGUGACAUUAGCAUAAACUGCAGGGAAAGAUAUUUAAGGUAAAUUUUACUUCAUAUUUGCAAGGAUCAAGUUUAAUACAAAUGUUGGUUGUCACAGCUUAUCAUGUGACAACUCAGCUGUGCAUCUCAAUCUUCUUCUAAUGUCCAGCCGACAAUCCGUGUGGAAAGGUGCUCAGCAAACACUACAGAUUAUGUUGCCAAACUGUUAUAACGUCAUGCAGCUACGUUGCUUUUGGGGGACUGACUCAGCCUCGGUCUGUGUUGGCUCAGGGGUCUUUAUGCUGUUCCUCACUGCAUAAUGCAUAUGUGAUGAAUGUGAAUUAACGACAAAAAGGGAAUUGUGUGGAAAGAGAAGUUCGCUUUAAAUAACCUUAUUACCUUCAGGUUGUUUAAACCAUAGAGAACAGCCUAUAGCAAACAGUGUAAUGCGUUUGAAGCAAGAUUAUGGGUGAUGGGUUUGUUUUCACUGGGAAAGAGAGAAAUUAUGAGGUGAGAUAAAGGAGGCUUUCUCACUCCUGAAAGGAUGCAUAGUCAGGGUGAGCUUUCCAACCUAGGUAUCCCCUGCUGUGGAUAGAAAGCAAUAGUGUACAGUAGAAAAUGUCAAUUCCUCAAUGACUGAAUUUUAGGCUGGAAAAAUAUGAUAUUGACAAUAUUUGAAUGGUCAUAAUGCGGAUAAAUUUAUUCCCAUUCAGCCAUCCUUCAGCGGUGAGGGGGCACUGUUAAUUAAUAGCAUAGUAUUGGUCUACAGUGAAACGUGACAUACAGAGAACUAGAAAUAGGUAAAGAAGGAUGGAGCAGGGGUGACUAUCUCAUACAUGGGGCAACUAACAUCUUAAAUUAUUAAGGGAUGUAACUGAAGCAAAGAAUUCCAGAGCUACCUAGGCUGGCUGCUGCAGAAGGAAGAUCCUGAGUUGUCUGCAGGAAAGAGAUAGACCAAAACCCCUAAAAGGUACAGUAGGUCUUAACAAUCUUUUCUUUUUUUCAUUUCAGUUUUGUACUUGGUGGUUUUGGGUUUGGGUUUGGUUUGGGGCGGUUUUUGGUUUUGGGUUUUUUUUUGGUUGGUUGGUUUUGGUUUUCUUAUUGGUUGGUUGGCUUUUUAAUUAAGAUCUCCGCAGGAGCUGUGUCCUAUGCUGGGACUUUUUUUUUUCCCUUUUUCAAAUUAACUGUAAGGAAAAUGGCAUUUGAACUCCUGCAAAUAGGCGUGAGGUACUUGUUUAUUAAUGUAAACAAAUGAGACCAUGCAAGGUAGUAGAACGUAAAUGUGAAGGUAACUGAAUCAGGACCUCUGGUGGCAAGAAAGCAAAUGGGAAUUUGGUGCAUUUCUUGUGUCUGCAGUUUGAAAUAAUUGGUAUUCUCUGAUCAGGGAAGUCUCUGGACUAGGGUUACUAGGAGGCCUUUCAAUUUGUGAUUGAAAUUCUUUAGCAAGGUUGCACAGAAUUAUAUCUGUCUUUGCCAUGGUCAGCUCCAGCCGGUUUUAUUAGCACACUGGUGGGUCCCUCAUAAUUUAUUAAUGUUUUAGCCAUUUAUGUGAGUAUUUUGAUCCACAGGGAACAGGCAGUUAUCAAUGAAAGCUUUCUAAAUGCAUUGAAAAGCUGUAACUUUUGUGGCCUUUACCUCAAAAUCAAACUGCAUUUUCUGUACUCUCUCUUGGGCUCAGCCCCUGCCCACAUGCACACACAUAUCCAGGUAACUCCCAAAAGGCAGAGGUUUUGGGAAAUGCCUGUGAUCCUUAAUCAGUCUGGUCGUCAUAACUCUGUAGGGCAGAGGGGGGAAUCCCAAAGCUUUUGCCUAGAGAACCACGUAUCUGUGUGUCAGUAGUUUCCAAUCUUUUAUUCUGGAUCUGUAAAUUCCCUGCAAAAAAAUGUCAGCGGCAACGUGGACCUCACAGUAGUAGAUCUAAGCCUGCAAUUGGUAGACUUAUUUUUCCACUUACUUUUCAUACGCCCUUUAGAAGUAGUUUGUGGGAUUUCCCUUGGGAAUCUCAAGCCAGGGAUUGCUGGUCACUGCUCUUGAUGUCCUGUAGAAUCAGAGAAAGGAGAGAGGCUCCUGCAGCAGGUGAUUCAGAAGGCAGUUAAACCAAUUGCUGUCUGGAAGAGAAGGAAAGGAGAAGAAAUCUCAUUUGGGGAAACCAAACAUUGGAAGAGAAGGCAGAUUAAACGGAGUCCUGAAACAGGCAGGAAACUUGCACCUUGUUCCAUCUCCCAUUCUUGCACGGCUGCUCUUAUAUCUUUCUUAAUCUUCUGAGCUCAUGCCAAGAUCAUAAAGAACAGGUGAUGCCACAGUCCACGCUGUGGAGCUCUGUGGAGAUGGAGCCGUCGGAGUGUAACAGAGGGACAAAGAUAAAAGGAGGUUUGCUUGAGAGAGGAAUCUUCAAAUAUGAGGUGGCUCUAUCUGUCACACUUGCAGAAUUCUUAACAAGUCAUCUGAGAGCAGCGCACAGUCCUGACGCAGUCCUGGAGGUGCCAUGCAGUGGAAGCAUUCCACUUGGAAAACCUCAGUGUCCUGUAAUAAAUUUAAAUGAUCAACACCAUUACAUUAGUAGCACAGUUAACUUUUAUGGUAUCUCCAGCCAGUGCAAGGGGCAUCUCAAGAACUUGGUGUGAGCCUGCUUUUAUUUUGUUAGAGAUGCUUUCAUUUCUCUUAAGUGUAUGAACUUCAGUGAACGCCAGUUUGUAAGAAAAAUAAAAGGGGCCAUGUGGCAAAAGUUAUUCAGCAUAACCACUGCCUUUGGGUCAAAAUUCAGUAUACCUCCUAGGAGACUGUGAAACGGUAGAACAAACUACUGCAUCUUCCCUGCACAAACCUUUUCAGGAGUAGAAACAGGGGAGCCAGCUAAUUAAAGUCAGGGAGACAGAAGUGAGUAAUAAGGAUUCUGUUGACCCUCCUGCGUUCCUAUUUAUUUAGAUUGCAGUCUUCUAUAGCCAUACAUCCAUAAUAUAAAACCUGAAUGCAAGUGCUCUUCCUUUCCCUGUCCCCAAAAAUACCUACAGCUCUUUCAUCGAGGGCAAGCCAACAGCGUAGCAAAGCCCACUUUCUGCAGUUUUGGAAGGACUGCUAGGAAAAUCUAUCAUGUAUUAUCUGUCCAUUGACUUGGAAAAGGUGUCAAUCAUCUUCCUCAUAUACAUACUUGAAGAAUGUACAGUUUGCUGUAACAGUCAAGCAAAAUCAUACAUUUUCGUACAUCAAGACUAAAUCCUGGAGGUAGUGAGUGUGAUGGAAAGAAAAAAGAAAAAAAAAAAACCAAGCUUGCUGACUUCCAGUGACCUCUAGUCUAUAUCCUUAUUUGCUGUGUUAAAAUAUUUUAAAAGCGUCCCUUGUAAAAAAUAAACUA